UUUUAAAAAUCUGCAACGUCAAGGUUAAGGUGAACCUCUGCAAGUUCCCCUACCAACCGCCGCAAAUUUAGGGGUUGUGUAUAAAUAUGGGCCCGUAAAAUUCGCGACUCAUUGUGCAUUCACAGUAAAACAACAUUAACAUCACAAUGUACAAAUUGUUCGUUCUUGCUGCACUUUUGGCCUGUGCCAAUGCCGCCUCCGGCAUCGUCGCCCCCGUAGUCGCCAGCCACAGCACCGUCGUAGCCCACCCCGCACCCGUUGUAGCCGUCCACACUCCCGUAGUACCUGUCGUGAAGUCCGCUCCAGUCGUAGCCGUUCAUGCAGCCCCAGUGGUACCUGUUGUAAAAGCCGCCCCAGUCGUAGCCGUACACGCUGCUCCAGCCGUACCGGUUGUCAAGACUGCAGCUGUCGUCCAUGCCCCAGUUGUAGCAGUUCAUUAAUUAUUUUUAUUGUAUAUGUAAAUUUUCUAUUUUUUGAAUAAACUAUGAAAUAAUAACGAGUCUUCUGUGA